UAGACAACCGGACCAUCUGUGUCACAACUCCACGCAGCGUAGAGCCACCCCAGGGGUCCCACAGGGAUGACACAGCACUGAAUGGGAUCCGACUGCACUGCUUCCAGGGAAAAGCCCAGGACAGCAUGUACACAGUGGAGUCCCAGAGCGGCAAGUGGGGUAUCUGGUCUCAACCCAAGUGGUGUCCCCAUCAUGGCUACCUGGUGCGCUUUUCACUGAGGGUCCAGCCCCCACAACAUGGCUUUCUUCAUGAUAACUUGGCAGCCACCAAUGCCCGUUUUACCUGCUCUGGUGGGGAGACCCUAGAGCCACCAGGGCCAGACUGGGGGGAGUGGGGUGUCUGGAGUCAGUCAUGCACUAAAAGUAUAUGUGGCAUCGAAACACGGCAGGAGGCCCCCCGGGGAAUGGGAAAAGAUGACACAGCCCUCAAUGAUGUACGCUUCUUCUGCUGCAACCACUGAAGCACCACUUUCAGCUCCCAACCUCAGACACCUAUACCCAGAUCUGUCCUACAGAGCUCUGGUCUGUCUCCAGAGCCCCACCCCAAGAGACCCUAAUUCUAGAUCUGCUAGCAUGGAGCUUUCCAUAGGGUCCACAUGUUGAGAGCCCUGAACUCCAGAGUAUUCACCCACAGAUGCUAGGGGGCCCUCCAAAGUCCUCACUUGCAGAACCCCCAACCUCUAGAUCUACUUUCACAGAGCACCUACCCUCCUUCUAGAUGUCCAGUCUGUCCCCAGAGCCCUAAUCCUAUGGAUUCCACCUCACAUAUAUCCCUAAUGAUCCCCACCCAAGGAUCCAGCUAUUCCUUGAUCACUCACCAUGGGAUAGGGUAUCUCUGGGAACUUCAUUGACUAUUCCCCAAAAUCUGGUCUCACCUCCCAGAAUCAUCCCCAAACUCCUAACACAAAUCUGCCUGUUAGGUCACUAUGUAUAUCCUUCUCUACUAGCAACACCCCUGAGGAAACUUCAUUUCUCUUUGGUUUGAGCUUCCAAUAAAGCCCCUGCA